AUGGAUGAGAAAUCCGACGAUCACUACGGCUCCAUCAAAGAACGGCUAAAAUCCAUCUUUCAUGAUAAAAGACGUUUGGCACACUCAACAGUAGAAAUAUAUGUCGAUUUCUACAGAUAUUAUGGAAAUGCAAGCUAUGGAGAAACUUUAGCCGAGGAAGACAGCCCACUCCGAACGGCCGAUGUGAUUGCAAUCUGUUAUAAUAUAUCGAAACCUGAAACCCUUCACAAUGCAAUAUAUAAGUGGUAUCCGAUGGCCUUAUACUUUGCUUCUGAUGCUCCUAUCUUCUUAAUUGGGUGUAAGACCAAGCGCAAGAGACCAAACAUGGUACCGGAGAGCGACGCGGAGGCAGCCUGCCGUCAAAUUGGGGCUAUACGGUUGCUCAUUUGUUCGUCGACGGACGGAAGUUUCUUGAAAGCAGUAGAGAGGGAGAUG